AUGGGCCUUAGUUCAGAUGAGGCAUGGCUUUGUAUGCCUUGCCCUGUGGCUUCAACAGGAUGUUUGUCAAAUUAUCAAAGUGCUAGUUACUGGUAUCAUAGAUACUGUGAAGGAAAAUUAAAAAUUGAUACUUCCCUAGAUAUUUUAUGUGACGAUUGCGGUACUGCAAAAGACUGGAAAGAUUGGCGUUUUAAGUGCGGCAAUGAAAACCACAAAUUUUAUGAAUAUCCCGCUGAGGAUUUAGACUUUAUUCACGCUUUGGGUUCCGCUAUGAGCCUUAAAGCUCAUAGUCCAGAAAAAAGACGAGUAGUAAUGAAGAUUAUUAACAAAAUAUCAGGUUCACAGUGCUAA